UUGAAAUUUUUAGAACGGCAAGAACGUGCUCAGAAAAACACGUUUACAAAAUGGAUUAAUUUUUUGCUGGAAAAGCAUAGUUCAUCUGGUCAAGUAAAGGAUUUAUUUGAAGAUCUCAGAGAUGGAGUUUUGUUGUGCCAUUUGGUGGAAGUGUUAACCGGUGAAGCACUGGUUAGUUUUGAUCAUUAUAUUUGUUUUUUUGUAUGA